GUUAAUGAUAAACCAAAUUAAAAAAAUAAUAAAUUAAAUUAAAAAAGAUUAUUAUUUGUUAGUCUUAUUUCUUUUCCCUUGUUUUCAAUUCCUCCUUCUCUAUUAUCUCUUCAUACCAAAUAAAGGCUCUUUUCUUACUUUCUCUCUCUCUCUGUAUCAGAUCUGGAAUUUUAGGGUUUCUAAAGUUGGGUUAAGAAAGGCUAAAAGAAAAUGCAGACAAGGUAUAUGGAGAGGACUAAUAGUAUGGCUAGAGGUAAGAGAGCUUUAGAAGGUGGUGGAGAAGAGCAACAACCUGAAAGAAAGCGCCCUGCUUUAGCUAGUGUCAUUGUAGAAGCUCUGAAGGUGGACAGUCUGCAGAAGCUCUGCUCAUCUUUGGAACCUAUCCUUCGUAGAGUUGUAAGUGAGGAAGUGGAACGUGCUUUAGCAAAGUUGGGCCCUCCUAGACUCAGUGGAAGGUCCUCGCCAAAACGAAUUGAAGGUCCAGAUGGAAGAAACUUGCAGUUGCAAUUUAGAUCCAGGUUAUCUCUUCCUCUUUUCACAGGAGGAAAAGUAGAGGGCGAGCAGGGUGCUGCGAUCCACAUUGUUCUGCUUGAUGCUAACAGUGGUCAUGUUUUAACGUCUGGUCCUGAAGCCUCUGUAAAACUAGAUGUUCUUGUGCUUGAAGGGGAUUUUAACAAUGAAGAUGAUGAAGACUGGAGCCAAGAAGAAUUUGAAAGCCAUGUUGUUAAAGAACGGGAAGGAAAGAGACCACUGUUGACUGGGGACCUGCAAGUCACACUCAAAGAAGGUGUAGGAACACUGGGGGAUCUCACGUUUACGGAUAACUCAAGUUGGAUAAGGAGCAGGAAGUUUAGGCUGGGCUUGAAGGUUGCCUCUGGAUGUUGUGAGGGCAUACGCAUUCGUGAGGCAAAGACAGAAGCUUUUACUGUCAAAGAUCACAGAGGAGAACUAUACAAGAAACAUUACCCACCUGCAUUAAAUGACGAUGUAUGGAGAUUGGAGAAAAUUGGCAAGGAUGGAUCCUUUCAUAAGAAGCUAAAUAAUCAAGGAAUAUUCACAGUUGAAGACUUCUUAAGACUUUUGGUCAGGGAUGCUCAAAGAUUACGAAAUAUACUGGGGUCUGGCAUGUCAAACAAAAUGUGGGAUGCUCUUGUAGAGCAUGCAAAGACUUGUGGCCUCAGUGGAAAGCUUUAUGUUUAUUAUACUGAAGAUUCCAGGAACGUCGGUGUUGUUUUUAAUAAUAUCUAUGAACUAAAUGGCCUUAUCUCUGGGGAACAAUAUUAUUCAGCUAGUUCUCUUUCUGAUGAUCAAAAGGUAUAUGUGGAUACAUUGGUGAAAAAAGCAUAUGAAAAUUGGAAUGAGGUUAUAGAGUAUGAUGGCAAGUCUCUUCUGAACUUUAAGCAAAGUAAGAGGUCAAAUACUUACCAAAAUGAACCUCAGAUAGGCCAAAUAGGUUACCCUAAUGCUUCAGACCACCAAAUGCAGUUGCCAAGGCUACCAGCUUCAGUUACUACUGAGCAGGCUUCUGGGCAUUCAGGCCUCCAAGUUGGAGGGUUUAACGAUAGUAUGGGAGCAGGAUUCUCGGCCCAAUCCCAGCUUGUGAAUCCAAAUUCACGUACCCAGUUUGACAGCACCUCAUUCACAGUACAUGAACCUUUGAUCAGCAACUCUCACCAUGCUCAAGGGAUGAGAAAUGAUAACAGUGUUGGUCUAGCUCUUGGUCCUCCUCAGUCAUCUAGCUCUGGGUUUCAAGCUCUUGGCUCUUCCAUGCAGCCAUCUGGUCUCAAUCCUUUUGAUGACUGGACCAACAACCGGGACAAGGGAGUUGAUGAAUACUUUACUGAGGAAGAAAUUCGCAUCCGAAGUCAUGAGAUGCUUGAGAAUGAAGAUAUGCAACACUUGCUUCGACUCUUUAGCAUGGGGGGGCAUGGCGCUGUAAAUAUACCUGAAGAUGGAUUCUCAUUCCCACCUUAUAUGGCAGCAUCACCAAUGCCAAACUAUGACGAGAACAGCGGGCGUCCUGGUAAAGCUGUUGUUGGCUGGCUGAAGAUCAAGGCGGCAAUGAGAUGGGGGUUCUUUAUCAGGAAGAAAGCAGCUGAAAGGCGAGCACAACUUGUUGAAUUGGAUGAUGAAUAGUAGUUGGAAGUUGUUGCUGUCAAAAGACUAUUUGCAGCAUCAAAAAAGGUAGGUGAAGAUGCCAAAUGUCUUUCCUGGGCCAGCAAUAUAUUCUUGGAGGUCUUGGGACUGCUCGAAAUUGUUUGUUUUGGAAGUCUAAAAAGACCUCUGGGGUGUUUAUGGGCAUUUAGGUAUCAGAGAAAUCUCUUCUUGUACAGCUGUACAGUAUGUUGUUUCUUCCUUUAGCUACACUUUCUUAGAACUUAGCAAGAAGCUUCUCUCUGAUCACUUCUAUCAUCGUUGGGGUGUAUUUAUAAUAAUCUAUUUAAAAGAUUCUUAAGGGGUGAAUUUGUCUUUCGGUUGAUGGCCCCUCUCAUUCUUGUUGACUGAUUAGGGGAAUCUUUUUCUAAUAAUAGCCAAUAGAUAUGACUUUUUUUUUUUUUUAA